AUGAAUUUCUUAAAAAAUCGUUCAAUCAUUACUUUCAAUUAUCGACUAAAAUUUUCACGUACAUUUUUUACAUCGUUACAAUUAAGAAAUAAUCAAUCAGAAAUUAUUAUUUCAUCAUGGAAAUCUAAGCUUGACGAAAACAUUGAUACAAGAGAAGAAACUUUAUUUCCAACACCACUUCAACUUCUUUCAAUUACUUUAAAUCGUAAAGAAAUAAUUAAUAAUAUCCCAUCAACUCAACCUCCACCUAAUGGAACACCAUUACCACCAAAUUAUCAUUUAGUAUAUUUUACUCCAAGAAAUUAUGAAAAUGAAUUAACAAAUGAUGGUUAUAAAAUUCAAUUUUCACCACCUGCACCAUAUUUAAGACGUAUGUGGGCAGGAGGUGAAUUAAAAUUUAAUCAUGAAAAUCAAUUAAGAAUUGGUCAAAAAGCAAAAAUGAUUACUAAACUUCGUAAAGUAGAUUAUAAAAUUGGAAAAUUAGGUGAAAAUGUUUUUAUUUGGAUUGAUAAUGAUAUUAAUAAUGAAAAUGGUUGGUGUAUAAAAGAUUCUAUUUGUGUGGCUUAUAUGCCUGCAAGUGAUGAUAGACCUCCAAGAAAAAUUAUCAAAGAGAAUUUAUCAUCUGAAUUUGAGAAAGUUAUAUUACCUACUCCAAUUCUAUUGUUUCGUUAUUCAGCUUUAACUUUCAAUAGCCAUCGAAUUCAUUAUGAUCAUAAUUUUUCAACAAAAAUUGAAGGAUAUCCUGGUUGUUUGGUCCAUGGUCCCCUCACCUGCACUCUUCUUCUUGAUUUAAUUCGCGAUAAUUUACCAAAUUCUUCUUACAUCAAAUCUUUCAAUUAUAAAGCGUUAAGCCCUUUAUAUGUUGAUGAAGAAUUUAAAGUUUGUGGAAAAAAGUGUCAUACUGAUAAUGCGUCUAUAGAUGUUUGGGCCGAAAAUGUACAUGGUGGAAUUGCUAUGAAAGGAACUGCUAUUAUCGGUGAUACGUAA